AUGGAGGCCUUGUUUGGAUGGGUGCGCUCAUAUUUAAAUGGAGAUCAUAAGGAGCGGGAAUCACCUACAUCUAGGAGAAGCAACCGAGAUGUGCAUGCUCGUUUGCCACGGCAUGAACUUCAGCACCCAAGCUCUCCCGAGCGCUUUCCUCCAGACGUAUCGGUGCCACAGCGAUGGGACGAUGCUUCCACGGAUCCUGAGAUUGACAUUGAGGCACAGCAACAUCGCUAUACACAGAUAAGAAGUAUGCUUUUGUCGAAAGGACUGCCUCAUCAUCUUAUCGCAUACAUAUUUCGACUUGCUCAGGAUGGCAUAGAGCUGAGCAUCGAACGUCGGGUAUACGCUAUGUACUCCAACAAUGCUAAUACAAGAUAUCUACGGACACCGCCGCUCGAAUCAAACCAUGCCCGCCAUUUUGUUCUACAGGUCAUCGUCGAAAUAUACAGCCAUGAUCAGGGCUGGAGUACAGAUCCCCAUCGUGAAUGGUUUGGAACGUAUAAUGGGAGUCACACUUGGUGGGAUCUAACGCUCGACAGACCAAACGCUGCAUCAUAUUCAAAAGACAAAUUUGCCAACGUGAAUGGUAGUUCAGAUUCUGAGUGCGAAAGUGUCCUCACUCCGGUCACAUACAAUGAAAUUCAUCGAAGAGAAUUAUGCCGCAAUCUCCACGCUUCGGACAAGUUUCAGCUCCAUACGAUUGUCCUCUCGAGCGACGAUCCCUUAGUACGAGAUGCACAGCCUGGUGAUGUGUUUAGCUUGUGGGCGCGCACCCAGUAUCCUGCCUGGAUGAACUUGGUUUCAUAUGCUCGCAUUCGAGCUCGGUUGUGUUGGGACAUAUAA